AUGCGCCAAAUCACUAAACCGUCCUUUGCAGGCACGAUCGUGCAGGGCACGAUCGCAUCCGUCUCCCCACAGAUGAAUACGAACCUCCGAAAUGCAAAGAUGACACCCAAGGGCGGUGCACAGAUCUCGCUCGACCACGUCAGCAUUCGUGGCAGCGAGAUCAGAUACUACAUCCUUCCCGACUCACUACCACUCGACACACUGCUCAUCGACGAUACCCCGAAACCGAAGAACAAGGCGCGUAAGGAGCAGGACAAGAGCGCUGCGCCGCCAAUGCGGGGUGGACGCGGUGGUCCUCGUGGUGGGCGUGGAGGCGGGCGCGGAGGUGGUGGCAGAGGUAGAGGUCGGGGCGGCGGUCGCGGUUUCUAG